AUGACUGGACAGCAGCGUACGUGGCUGCUUGGCGCCGCUCUGGCCGUUGCGGCUGUGUCUGUGUGCGCAUCCCUCCACACGAGCGUGGCCGUGACCAUCGCAUCGGCUUGCGUUGCUGCAUACCUCCCGUCGUACUUGGACGGGUCGGAAUACACGGGGGAGCGCUACUGGCCAUGGUUCGCGACGUUCAUCGGACGCGGCAUGGCGCACAUUCCAGGGUCGCUCGAGUUCGAAGAGCCCAUUGACGCCACCAAGCAGCACAUCUUCUGCUCCCACCCUCAUGGACUGCUGUCCACCCACCACGGCCUGCUCAUGUCAGGCCAAACAGUUCCACCAUUCUACGAGACGGUGCCGCUCUCAACGCGCCGCCACUUGGCUGCGUCGGUUUGCUUCCGGGUGCCGUUUUACCGUGAAUACGUGCUCUGGUCCGGGUGUGUUGAUGCCCGACGCAAUGUGGCGGAAAAGAUGCUUCGAGAUGGCAAGAGUUUAGUUAUCCUGGUGGGUGGAAUCGCCGAGCAGAUGCUGUCGCAGCGAGGAGACCACACGAUCUACGUCAAGAAGCGCAAGGGCCACAUCCGCUUGGCGCUGAAAUAUGGCGUGCCAAUUGUUUCGGGCUACGCGUUUGGAGAGACCGACUUGUUCACACAUUCCAGCGUGCUUCUUUCAUUCCGUCAAAUGAUUGCAAAGAAGUUCUCGGUGGCGUUGCUUCUCGGAUACGGGUACUCCAAGUGGCUGUUUUGGCUUCCGCACAAGGAAGUUGCCGUCAAUCAAGUGUUCGGCAAGCCUAUCCUUGUUGAGAAGAAGGCCGACCCGAGCGCUGAAGAGAUCGAGAAGCUGCAUGACCAAUACGAGAGAGAACUCACCCGCAUCUUCGACAAGUACAAAGAGAAGUACGGGUACGGAAAUUGUACGCUGCACGUGCGCUAG